AUGUGCGUCAGCCUGGGCCUCUCGCAGGAAGAGGCCUCUCGUCUCUUCGCUCGCUAUCGGGAGGUGACCAUCCUGAACGUGACAGCAGCUGAGAAGGCGCCGACUCAGCGGGAGUUGGCGAAGGUGAAGCCCACAAGACCUGCACCUAGUUUACGCAGAGCUGUUCACGGCGCGGCGCCGUCGAUUCGGUGCGUGCGCUGUACCAAGCAGGAGGCCGUGCUGCAAGCAGUGACCAUUGCCUCCCAGCAUGAAGGUUGGGGUCGCAAAUGGAAUGAGUGCCAGUACUCCUGCGUCAGCUGCCACCUGCCGAUUCUUCGUGAAGCUCACGUGAACUGCUGCAAAACGUGCAAGCUCUUCUGGCAUCAGGAUUGCGCGAAAGCGAAGCAGCUAUACACUGCGGCACGCAGGGCCUCUGCUGUCAAAGCCAAGAACAAGAAGGCAUCGCCAGCGCCGCCCAUGCCAGCACCGGCGCCGGAACCAGCCCGCAGCACGCGGAGUAGUGCCGUGCUGCCCAGAGCCUCGACUGUGCAGCCUACAGGGGUGCCUGUUCCCAGCAAAGUCUUCGCCUACGCACCGCUGGUGCGAACCGUCACCGUGCCCGGCACCAAAGUCGAGAUUGGGGCGGCCACGCAGCGGACGCGGAAGGCUUACAUCCCUCUCCAGGCGUGGAACUUCCGCGUGCCACCCCGGAAGAUUCAGACUGCGGCGCUAACCCGGUUAUCGGAACCGCCCCUCACGGCCACGGAGGAGCUCGUGGAGAACACCGAAGGCCUCCCUGGGCGGGUGGAGCGCCGCGCGGAUCUGGAUCGCCACGGCAAAUACCGCGCAGCACUCCGACCAGUCUUCGACAGAGAGAUUCAGACUCUCAUCCGUCGUCGACCCCCUCAAGCCUGGGAGCUGCAGCAUCCCUUCGCUAAAGAGGUGGAGGAGGACAAGGCCAUCGCAUCCGUGGCAACUCAAGGAUCCAAGGGAAAUGAGAGCAAAGGCUUUCAGCGCCUUCAAGAAGACUUUCUGAGGACCCACGGGCACCAGAUUAAGGAGCAACUCUCUUCGGUCUUCCAGGGACCGAUCAGCAUCAAGCACGCCGAGGUCGGCCGCCCAGCCCAGGAGCGCUUCAUGGAUGCCAUGUCCGAGGGCUAUCCGCUGCUCCCAGCCUUCCACGGCUCGCAAGCCGAGAACUAUGCUUCGAUCUGCUCACGUGGUUUGCUGAUUCCCGGCCGCGGCAACGAGUUAAAAGUUGUCAACGGCUCGGUGCACGGUCGCGGGAUCUACACCGCCGACCUCCAGAAUCCUAGGCUGUCUGCUGGCUUCUGCACGGAUCCCAAGAUGCUUGUUUGUGGCGUCCUAGACGAUUCUCAACACCUCGCAGCGAGCAGGACUCUCGGCAACCACCAGCUCAAAGCUGAGUCUCAGGCCAUCAAGCACGUUGGAGACGCCAUCGUGGUCUUUGAUGAGAGACGGGUCGUUCCCCUGUUCCAGGCCUCGGGCAGUGCUUUCCAGCAUCGCCACUGCUCAGCUCCGCUUCCGACGACCGUAGGUCCUUCCCAAGUGUUGGGCAACUGGGCCCCGAAGCGAGCGGCGGCAAGCUACAAUCCGAACCAGGACCUUAUCCACAACGGCAUCAUCACUGCAGGAACUGACAAGGUCUUCCAUGUCCGCACACGUCAGAUGGCAUACUUGCCUCCGACGCCGCUGUCGUCCAGCGAUGCGACCCAGAGGAAGCGCAUCUACGAGCGCAAGGUGCGGAACCAGCGCAUCAAGGUCCUCCGGGAGAUGAAAGUGGAACAGGACGAAAGCCUUAUUCUCGUAGUCCGAAUGCUCGAGCGGCAAGUCAGCGCGAGCACGCCCAAUGCAAAGGGCAGGCCCGAGAUGUUGAAGGAGAAGGCCGGAAGCGGUGGCCCUUCUGGCGCUGCAGCUGUGACGGCUUUCUUGCAAGUUGAAGCGCGGAAGGCCUUCAACCAAAAGCUCGAGAUGGUUGAGUCUACUGGGCCAGGAUUGACGGCAAUGGUCACACGACAGGUGCUACUGAUGCAGCUGGACCAAUUUUGGCAGCAGCACCUGAAGAACAUGGACUUCAUGAAGACGGGCGUGACAUUACGCGCCUACGGUCAAAAGAACCCGCUCACCGAGUACAAGCUCGAGGGCUACCAGGUCUUCCUCAAGAUGAUGUCGAAGAUCAGGAGGAACGCCUUGUACAACAUCUUCCUAUUCCAGCCCAGGAAGCUGACGCCCAUGACUCGUGACCGUGUGAAGUCGAUGAUCCCGAACCGUGAGACACGUCGAAAGCAAAUGGAGGAGUUCAAGAAGACGGAUGCAUACCAGUUGGAGAAGGAAGCUCGAGGCCUUGUCCAAGAGAAGGGCGCCGCGGCGCGCAGCAUGAAUCUGGCCAGGCUUUCGCUGAACAUUCGCCAAGUUCUCGAAGCCCGGGAAGGCUUGGGUGAGCUCGCCUUGGCAUCUUUCUCCGAGCUGAAGGAAACCUUCGCACGUGCCGGCCUGCUCAUGCUCGGAGAUCAGCUCAUGUGGGCGCAGGCUUGCAGCGAGUUUGAGCUGCUCGAGGACGAGCUCGAGGGUGAAAUUUACAUCGGCCUCGUUGGCCGCGCUGAGCCGCAGAAGGCCCAGGCACCCGCAGCGCCGAACGCACAGAGCGCAGAGGAGAUGGAGCUCUUCGAGGAGAGACAGCGUGAGGCUCAGAAGCUCUUCGAGGGCGCGCAACAAGAUCCGAACUUCAUGCAGACUCUGGCGGCCUUCUCCGACCGGCCUGAGCUCUUCCUGAAAGAGCUGAAGGCUGCCUCUCAAGAACAAGGCUGGACCCGGGAAGACGUGCAGAAGAUGAAGGAGACCUAUGCCAUGAUGGGAAUCAACGUCGAGAUCAUGCUCCAGGAGAUGAAGGCUUCGGCCGAGCAGCUGCCACCAGCUCAGAGAGAGCUUAUCGACUACAUGCAGCAGCUUCUGCAGGACCCAGAUGCCGUUCUGGCCGCUGCAAAGCAGGAGGCCGAAGUGGCAUCUGAGGAGAAGGUGGACGCGUGA